AUGAACGAGGCUGUGGCAGUCGUGAAUAAGCCGUUGUACCAGCUGAUCGGUAACCUCCUGGUCGUUCUGGUCAUGGUUCUUCACAGGCGGAUGAGAAGUCACACCAACUUUUUCCUGACCAAUUUAGCUGUCGCCGAUCUCUGUGUUGCGGUCUUCUGUAUCUAUCAAAACUUCGCUAUGUAUGUGAUUCAAGACUGGUACUUCGGGGAAUUCCUGUGUCUCAUGUACCAGUUCGUGAACCAGCUGAGCUACACGGCGUCUGUGAUCAUCCUGGUGGUUGUGAGUGGCGAGAGGUACCUGGCCAUCGUCGAGCCUCUGAGGGCCAAGAGCCUUCUCACGCGCAGGAACAUGAUCAUCACAAUGGCGUUAGUGUGGAUUAUAUCUGCAGUUUACUCGUGUCCGAGGCUAUUAUACUUCACGGUCCAGGAGUACCCCGUGGGGGGCGGCCGGACGGAGGCCAUGUGCCUGCUGCGACGCGACAAGUUUGACACGAAGAUCUGGGACGUGGUGAGCCUCAUCCUGCUGUACUUGCUGCCGCUGGUGCUGCUGUCGCUGCUGUACGCCCGCAUUGCGCACACGCUGUGGCGGUCCGGGCGCCUGCUGGCCGCCGCCGCCUCGCCCUACUACGCCGCGUCGCCGGCCGCCGAGUACGGCACCUUCAAGUCGCAGCACACGGCCUCCGUCACGUCCACCUCGAGCAGCGGCGCGGGAGGGGGCGCCGAGGGGGACGAAGGCGGCCCGGUGCUCAACCAAGCGCGAGACACGACGCUGCACGUCACCCGCGGCUCCGUCAAGUCCGUCACGUCGACGUAUGUCUCGAUGGCGUCGGUGCGGGACGAGGGCCUCCGCGUGAGCCAGACGGCUCCCGAUAUCAUCCCCCUCACGCCCCGCGGGCACAGCAGACGGGACAACGGCGCCCGCAGGACGCCCAUCCCCUCGCCCCGGGUGCCUCGCCGCCCCAUGCACCUGCACCCGUCGCCGCUCGUGCUGCGCGCCCGCCGCAAGGUCAUCAACAUGCUGGUGAUGGUGGUGGUGAGCUUCGCCGCGUGCUCGCUGCCCUUCCACACGCGCAAGAUGCUGCAGUACUACUGGGCCAACUACAAGCACACCUCCGCGUCCUCGUACAUCCUCACGCCCGUCACCUUCCUCCUCAUGUACGCCAACUCCGCCGUCAACCCCAUCCUGUACACCUUCAUGAGCCGCAAGUUCCGCAACUCCUCACUCGACCUCCUGACCUGCCGCCUCUGGCAGAGCCGGCACCCGAGGCCGCCGAGGCCCACCGUCGUGGCGCGGCUCAGCGGCAGGGAGAAGGUCGUCACGCACCUGGUGUAA